AUGGAAUCCCAAACCCUAACCGACACGACUUUACCAAACCAAGACGAGAUCAAGACAGAGUCAACAGAGUUCGAGAAGAAUCAAAAACGGUACCAAGACGUGAUCUCCACGUUUCCUCAAGAGAAAGGCUGGAGACCGAAAGAGCCUCUGAUCGAGUACGGUGGUCACUGGUGGCUACAGCCUCUCGUCGAAGGUUGUCUUCACGCGCAAGAACGCUUCCAAGCGCGACCCAACGACUUCUUCGUCUGCAGCUACCCGAAGACAGGUACCACUUGGCUCAAAGCCCUAACUUUCGCAAUCGCAAACCGAUCACGCUUCGACGAUUCAUCCAACCCUCUCCUGAAACGUAACCCUCACGAGUUUGUUCCUUACAUCGAGAUCGAUUUCCCUUUCUUCCCUGAAGUCGAUGUGCUCAACGACAAAGGAAACACUCUGUUCUCGACCCACAUGCCACACGGGUCGUUACCCGAUUCGGUUGUGAAGUCGGGUUGUAAGUUGGUUUACAUAUGGAGAGAUCCAAAGGACACUUUCAUCUCUCUCUGGACAUUCCUCCACAAGGAAAAAUCAGAACUUGGACCUCUCAGCAACCUCGAGGAGUCUUUUGACAUGUUCUGUCGUGGUUUGUCUGCGUACGGUCCUUAUCUUGACCAUGUCUUGGCGUAUUGGAAAGCUUAUCAGGACAAUCCAGAUCGAGUCUUGUUCCUCAAGUACGAGACGAUGAGAGCUGAUCCUUUGCCGUAUGUGAAACAACUUGCUGAGUUCAUGGGGUAUGGAUUCACUGAUGAGGAAGAAGAGAAAGGAGUUGCUGAGAAAGUGGUGGAUCUUUGCAGCUUCGAGACGUUGAAGAAUCUCGAAGCUAACAAAGGAGAGAAAGAGAGAGAGGAUCGUGCUGCUGUUUAUGCGAACAGCGCGUAUUUCAGGAAAGGGAAAGUUGGAGAUUGGGCUAAUUAUCUGACUCCAGAGAUGGCUGCUCGUAUUGAUGGGUUAGUGGAGGAGAAAUUCAAGGAUUAUGGUUUGCUUGAACAUGGUAAAAUGACAGAUUCUUAA